CCGCCCUCAGUGCAGCAGCUCCUCGCUUUGGUUGACAGAAACGAAAGUCGGUCGCAAGUGUGUUCGGUUCGCUGACCAGUGUUUCACUGCAGUUCACACCAGGACAGGAGACUGAGAGAUUGAAUCCAGCAGCAACAAUGGCAGACAGUGAGAAGACAAAGGAGAGUGGAGCUGCAGCGGCAGCACAAGCAGCUGAUGACGACCAGCAGAAUGUUGUUUCCAGGGUGACCCAGCUGCCACUGGUCAGCUCAGCUUGUGAGGCAGUGUCCAGCGCUUACUGCAGCACCAAAGAACAAGUGCCCAUCCUGAAGGGAGUGAUGGAUGCAGCAGAGAGUGGCGCCCGAACUCUUGGUGCAGCUGCUUCUACCGGGUCCAAGCCUCUGUUGGACAUGAUAGAACCACAGCUUGCCACAGUCAAUGAAUAUGCAUUGAAGGGACUGGAAAAGAUGGAGGAGACGCUUCCUAUCCUUCACCAACCUGCAGACCAGGUGGUGUCGAACACAGUCAGCAUGGUGUACCAGUCAGUGGCAGGUGCCAAAGAGGCCGUGGUGGGGGCAGUGAUGGGCGGCAUGGACCUGACCUGUGCAGCAGUCAGUGGAGGUAUCAGCACUGUCAUGGGCACCAGGAUGGGGCAGAUGGUCAGCAGUGGGAUGGGCCUGGCCCUCAGCCGAACCGAGGACUGGGUCGACCACAACCUACCAAUCACUGAGAGGGAGCUGGCUGCUGUGGCUGAACCUGCCACCAGUGAGUUGACUACCACACCAGACAGCCCCAGCUACUUUGUCCGCCUGGGUAAACUGUCUGCCAAGGUACGAGAGAGAGCCCUACAGCUCUCCCUGAACCGUGCACGACAUGCCAGGGAGACCACCUACACUGCAGUGGCUCAGAUUACCAGUACUCUGGACCUGCUGGAGAGAGCCCGUACCAGCGUGGGUACGGCCAGUAACCAGACAGGAGGCGACUCGGAGCAGCUGCUGCAGCGCUGGACAGAGUGGAAGCAGACAGAGGCUGGAGCCAGACAGACUGAGCCAGAGCCAGAUGUGACCAGAGAUGAAUCCGAGCGCCUGGAAUGGCGGGCCCUGUCCAUGGUGCGUGGUCUGAGUGAUCAGCUGCGGUCAGCGUCCUCCAGUGUGGUUUCCAGUGCUCAGGGUUUGCCAGCUGCAGUCCAGGACCAGCUGACCCACGCGAGGCAAUCAGCUGAAGAGCUGUACUCCUCUCUGGGGAGCACCAGCAAUCUCACACCCCUCCUUCUGGAGCGGAGCCGUCACCAACUGACCCAAGUUCAACAUUCUCUAGAUGGCGUCAUGGAGUAUCUGCUCAACAACACACCACUCAACUGGUUGGUGGGACCCUUUGCCCCUCAGAUCACUGAGAGGGAAGAAGGAGACGUGGCGAUGGAGGAGCUUGGUCCAAACAAGUAGACUUUGAGAAGACUUGUCCCACACAAGUCUUCUUGAAGACCUGAGGUUCACUGUACAUGGACCAUUUAAACAAAAGCUUGCUUGAAGAAGAAAACAUGUUGCCAUCAUUCGAUCCCGUAAUUGGAACCUAUGACACUACAAUCAUGAUUUAGAAUUUGAUUACAGCCACUGACCAGGGAAGCCUGAGAGAAUCUAUAUAUUUCUGCACUCUAAUGUUUAUAAAUGAAUAGAUUUUUUUUUUUUAAGUCUGUUUGAAAGAUUUCUGUUUGUGCCUUCAGAAGACGUUGAAAACAGGACACAUGUAUCUUCAGUAACGUGUUCAAAUUGAUCAUAGUGCCUUUCAUUUGUUUUUAAAUCUGCUGUUUCAGCAUUUACUAUGUGAACUCAUGGUGUAUUUAUGGAUGCAGCUAAUGACCUGAUUUGUCAAUAAAUACUCAGUUGACUGUC